CGAAGGUCAUCCCAAGGAGAACACUGAAGUGAGAAACUUUAAUACACCAAUACUGGCCAAGUUGCCUUGAACUCGGUCCCUUUUUUUUUGAUGGAGAGCAAUGAUAGGUUGUCAGCACUGGUGACGAGAGGGUUGGUCCUUUACUGGUGCCGUGAGUCGGUGAAAGGUCAAGAUCGUAAAGGGGUAAUGCGCUGGCAGAGGGAGCAAAGGCGGACAGCGUAAGGACGUUUGCUUUGGUGUAUGGAAGCCUCGGCUUCACCCAUCCUGCUGACAAAUCCCACAGCAGCCCGUGGACCUUGCGCUGAAUCCGGAUCAAGCCUCUGCCGGAGACCUGAAGCCGGCCGGGCUCAGCAAUGCUGCUCAACUCCCGACUACGGCGUUUGUUAGAUUUAGUCCCCGGGAAGCGACAGUUCGGGGUCUAUCGAUUCUUGCCUUGUUUCUUUGUCUUGGGCGGUGUGCUGGAGUGGAUCAUGAUAAAUGUACGCAUUGGGCACGAAACAUUUUAUGAUGUGUACAGAAGAAAACGGUCCGAACGACAGUACCAAGAGAAAUUAGAACUGUCAACGUCUGGAAAUCAGCUGCCAUCCAAAUAAAUCAUUUAUACAUAACUAGAUAAUUACUUUCUGAUUAAUGUGUUCAUUAAACUGUUCCUUUUGUAAAAUCGA